AUGUGCCACCCUCUGAACCCAGAGAUCAAGGGCUGGCUGGCCCUGCAGCCCCAAGGAGCUCCAUCACCGGCCAAUGGGGAGGCGAACCCGUGGAGGGUGUGGAGGGGAGAAGGGGGAGCGAGGGCAGCGGGGAAGGGAGGAGAAGAAACGGGCGAGAAGGGAGAGGAGAGCGAGGAAGGGCGCGAGGCGGAGCGCGGGGAGGUGCAGGGGGCGGGGAAGGGGCGGUGCCGCGAGGGCGGCUCCUGGCGGCCGGACUGUGGCUGUGGCCCCGGGAGAGCCGGGUGGGGCCUCGGGAUGCAGCCGCCGGUGCCCGGACCCCUGGGCCUGCUGGACCCUGCAGAAGGGCUUUCGAGGAGGAAGAAGACGUCGCUCUGGUUUGUGGGGUCUCUGCUGCUGGUGUCUGUCCUCAUAGUGACCGUCGGGCUGGCUGCCACCACCAGGACGGAGAAUGUGACCGUGGGGGGCUACUACCCAGGGAUCAUUCUCGGCUUCGGAUCUUUCUUAGGAAUUAUUGGCAUCAACUUGGUAGAGAAUAGAAGGCAAAUG